CUCUCUUAAUUGCAGCAACUGAUUUUCUAAGUUUUCACUUUAUGGCGCCUGUGUCCAUAACCAUACGGGCAUUGUCUGUGCUUCUUUUGGUGUGGAAUUGGAAUUUAAGGGUCCAAGCUAAACCUCAAGUUCCUUGUUACUUCAUCUUUGGUGAUUCUCUGGUUGACAAUGGAAACAACAUGCUCCUCCCUACACUGGCUAAGGCACUCACCCUUCCCUAUGGGAUUGAUUUUCCCAGAGGACCAACAGGAAGGUUUACUAAUGGAAGAACAGUUGCGGAUGUUGUCACUCAACUCUUGGGUUUCGAAGAUUUUAUUCCACCCUAUGCAGCUACAAGUGGCCCAGAACUAGUAAGAGGAGUGAACUAUGGCUCUUCAGCCUCUGGAAUUAUGGAGGAUAUUGGACAAGAAUUUGGUCCCGUGAGUGGUUUGAAUAGACAGUUAGAUAAUCACAUGAACACCGUUUUACAAAUGGUAAGCAUGCUUGGGGACUAUGAUGCCGCAGCCGGUCACCUCGGCCGGUGUAUCUACUCGGUCGGAAUGGGUAGUAACGAUUACCUUGGUUACUUAGAUCUGCGAAGGAGCAGCCAAUACACACCGGAACAAUACGCUGAUACUCUUAUCCAACGCUAUUCUGAACAACUAAAGACAUUGUACAGUUUUGGAGCAAGGAAGGUGGCAAUAGUGGGAGUUGGUCCUGUAGGUUACUCUCCCUUUGCGAUUACUGCAUGUAAGGGUCGCACUGGUUGGAGUUGUGUGGACAAACUAAACAAUGCAACUCAGCUUUUCAACGACAGGGUUAAGGCCCUUGUCGACAGCCUCAACAAGAAUCUACCGGCGGCAAGAUUUACCUACUUGAACGCAUUUAAUAUCCUUCAUGAUGUUUCCAACAAUCCUUCAUCUUAUGGAAUUAGGGUGACAGAUAGUUCAUGCUGUCAGAAGGCGCGUAAAAAUUCUCAAUAUGCAUGCAUUCCUUUUCAAAAGCCAUGCGAAAAUAGGACCCAAUAUAGCUUCUUUGAUUCUUUUCAUCCAACAGAAGCUGUAAAUUUGAUCGCUGGAAGGAGGUAUUACAAGGCUGAAUCUCCUCUUGAUGCAUAUCCGAUUGACAUCCAUGGCCUUGCUCAGCUCUAAAUUAGCUACAAAGAUUAUAUAUAUAUAUAU